AAAAUGUUAAUUAAAAUUAUAUUCGUAAUUAUUUUGUUCGUUGAAUGGAUAAAGACGGCCAAUUUAAAACUUAGUUCCGUCGUACCAGUUGACCAUGAAGAUGAACAUAAUGAGAAUAAUGAACCAGAUGAAGCUGGAAGUAAUGAUAUUAAAUGCCAAAAUUGGAAGGGGAAGAACACAACUGAUGAUGAUGAUCUUAUGGAUGAGCAAUUUACUGAGCUAGAAAAUUGCAUAUGGAACUCAUUGCUGACAAAAGAGCACGCACAUUCACCAAGACAAAUUCAUCCUUUAUUGAGUCCUCCCCCAGAAUAUCCACUUAAAUUCAGUGUAGAAAAUUUGGUGGUCGAACAAGUUGAUACGUUAUCCCGCGCAAGUAUGGAGUUUAACGUUUUUGGCCAUAUACUUUUGUCUUGGAAUGAUUCCCGAUUGCAGUGGGAAAAAUCUGGGAUAUCUUUAGAAGAGGAUCGGAGACGUGAACUUUGGACUCCCGAUUUUAUGGAUGAUUCUUACCCUGAGGAAAGAAAUGAUUGUUGCCUUUUUCUCGGUCUAGCGGAUAUUGGUCGAACAUUUACCGUCGGAGCCAAAAGUAAAUUUGCUACUUUGGCAAAACGAGUACAUGUAAGACGUGAUCGACCCAUGUCUGCUGUUGUUAUCUCUAAUCUUAUGGAAACUUCGCCUUGGGCUGUACAGAGCCAAGCAAUUGAACCAGCCCGUGUUGAUGGCUCUAGGAGCGAUAGUCUUCGUCUUUGUGUUCAAUCAAAAAAGGAGAUGAGCACACUUCGAAUUGCUCUUAGGAUUCCAGUUACAAUAGCUACACUGUGA